AUGAUGUUACAUCAGUUCCACGGGAAUGCCAGAUAUCAGCAGAAAGCUACGGCAACAAAGGCGGCUCCGAAAGCAGCCAAGGCCAAGGCUAAGGCGAAGGCGAAGGCCGUUCCGCAGAUGCCAGUGAAAACUGAGCCGGCAGAGCAGGCCCCGCUGGAUGGUGUGGAUCCAGCCGAGGUCAAGAAGAUGCAGAGCAAUUUGUCAACCCAGGGGAAAGCGAACUUGAAAAAACUCAAGGAGUACAAGGAGGGCAAACUCUCCUUAUCACCGAAAGAGCUUGAGACCUUGGAAUCCAAGGUUCAGUUUUACAACGAGUACGGGAAUCUCGGCCGGAACCAGCACCACGAGAGAAUGAUGAUGCUGGCCAGCUGGAACCAGGAUAGAUCCGGAAAGGCUUGGGCACAGAAGACGAAGACCUUCGAGACACAGACGAAGACCACAGAGGGGACCCUGGCCGGGUUCAUGACCCGAUUCGAGAUCGCUCAGCAUGAAAACAUGGAUGUGGACGACAAGCUGCUGCUUGCGAUUUUGAACGAGACCCCCUUCGACUACGACUGGGACGAGUCCUCAGCGAGGGAGAGGGCAUUGAAAAAACAGAAAGAGAAGCGAUAUCACUAUGGCAAGAGGAAGCAUGCCGAGACAGACUCCGUGACUUUGGAGACGGACGCCAUGCAUGCCGGUUUCGACUGCAAUGACAAAGAGAAGCAGAACAUGCUCCUCAACGAGGCCUCGGGAUCCGGAGGGAACCCCACCGUCACAGUCGUGAACCCCGAGCUGGUGGAGUUCAAGGGUCAGCUCGGCAUUUUGCAAUCUGGCAAGAUCAAGCUGGAAAAAAUCGAGACGCAGCUGAAGGACUUGUCCGCCAGGGGAGCACAUGCCGGUGUUACCGGGACCACGGCCACGGAGAUGGACAACGCACUCAAAGAGCUGGACACUUGGCUCAAGGAUGCUCGCCUCGCUUUGGCCACCCUUGAGUCGAUCCAGGCCCCGAGUGCUGACAAUAAGGCCCAGGUCGCUGAGAUGAUUGCUGAAGCAGUCGUCCACCAGGAUGCUGCUGGCAAGAUUCUAAAGAAGGCUAAGGCCAUUCUGUCCUGA